UUGUACAAUAGUCGGCAACACGUAGUCACUGCAUCACCACAGAAGAAGAAGUACAGCUGCUGUAUACCUGGAAUAAUGGCGGCCGCCUUAAGAGGAAGCUUAGUAACAUUGGUCAAGGGCCUUGGCGGGCCCCGGUGGCAGCAGCUGGCCUCUCGGCACCUGAGUUUGUCGGCCGGUCUCUGUGGGCCAGAGACCCCACCAUCACGCGCUGAUACUACUUUCAAGGUCACAAUGAUUCCAGGGGAUGGAGUGGGACCUGAGCUGAUGACUGCUGUUAAGGAGGUCUUUAAGGCAGGUGAUGUUCCCAUUGAGUUUGAGGAGUUCCAUCUGAGUGAAGUGCAGAACAUGGCCAGCGAGGAGAAACUGGAGCAAGUGCUGACCUCAAUGAAGACUAACAAAGUGGCUAUCAAAGGAAAGAUUCAUGCACCAAUGGAGUACAAAGGAGAGCUGGCUUCUUAUGAGAUGAAACUAAGGCGUAAACUGGACCUGUUUGCCAAUGUGGUUCACGUGAACAGCCUCCCUGGUUACAGCACCCGGCACAACAACCUGGACCUGGUCAUUAUCCGCGAACAGACUGAAGGGGAGUACAGCGCUCUGGAGCACGAGAGCGUGACGGGUGUGAUCGAGUGUUUGAAGAUCAUUACCAGAGAUAAAUCACGGCGCAUUGCCAAGUUCGCUUUUGACUAUGCCACCAAAAAGGGAAGAAACAAGGUCACAGCCGUUCACAAAGCUAACAUCAUGAAAUUAGGCGAUGGCCUGUUUCUGCAGAGCUGUGCCGAGGUGGCCCAGCUGUACCCCAAAAUCAAAUAUGAGAACAUUAUCAUCGAUAACUGUUGCAUGCAGCUGGUCCAAAACCCGUACCAGUUUGACGUGCUGGUGAUGCCCAACCUGUAUGGAAACAUCAUCGAUAACCUGGCUGCAGGACUGGUUGGAGGAGCAGGAGUUGUCCCGGGGGAAAGCUUCAGCGCAGAAUAUGCUGUUUUUGAGACUGGGGCACGUCAUCCUUUUGCACAAGCUGUUGGAAGGAACAUCGCCAACCCCACAGCCAUGCUGCUCAGUGCUGCUAACAUGCUCAGACACCUCAACUUGGAAUUUCACUCCCAAAUGGUGUCAGAUGCUGUCAAACGAGUCAUCAAACAGGGAAAGGUACGGACUCGAGACCUCGGCGGGUAUUCUACGACUGGCGACUUUGUGCACGCCGUCGUGGGAAACCUGCGUCACCGGCCUAUUCACUAAGAUGUGUGGUCACACUCCCCACUGACUUUUCCUACCAUCUGGACAUUGAUCUUAACAUGAACUGAAUGCAUGUUAAGACUCAACCCCCCCCCCCCCCCCCCGCCACCCCCCUUCACAUUCUAAAUGGCAGCUGUGUCACACGGCUCUGACAUCAGCUGCAUCUUCAUGGUCCAUAGUGGGUUUGCUGAUAGAGCCUUGG